AUGUCGAGCUCGAUCCUGACCGCGGAUGCCCAGCAUGGCACCCGUGGUGCUCAUGAGGAAGACCAGGGAGCACCGCCGCGAAAGGCGUCUCUCACGUCCGGGACUGCUCUUGCAAACAUCCUUACGAAUGGGCGACCCGGAUCGCCAACAGCAGUGGACGGCGUAGCAGGCAGCACAAUUCCGGGCAAGAAAGGGUCGGCCAAGCUCUCGCGCAAAGAUGCAGUGCCCUCAGAGCCAGCCAUCGAUCCUUUGUCGCACCAUAUCUUUGUGCGAACAAAUACCGAUCAUUCAAUUCCUUCGAAACUUCGAGCUGCCGGAAGGCCUGAUAGUCCUGCUGCCAAUGAAGGUCUCCCGAGACCUAGUUCUGAUCUUUCGGCGAAGCAAGCAACGACGGCGCAGCUCGAGCCAGGAAAAGACAAAAAGAAGCCGGCUUCGUUCCUGAGCCGCCUGAGUAUGAUUGGAAACAAAAAGAAAGAUGACUACUUGUACGAUGACGAAUCCGAAAUCAGCGAGCUGCGCACCGAGGGCGUGAACGCGGUAGCUUUCUCCUCCGUUGUAGGUGGUGCAGGCUAUAUUCCGCACCACAAGGAGCCACCUCGGUAUAUAAAGGUUCGGGCUCAUGGCAAGAAGGCGAAGGAAUUUGACCGUAUGUUCCUUGCGCAACAACUAGUCGGAACUCAGCCACCAAAGGAACACGUGGACGCGAAUACUGCCAUCAACGGUGCCCCUGUCCAGCCAGUUCAUGGGUUUGGUCAUCGAGAUAUUAACAAUGGUGGCCCUAUUUGGGCCAUGGAGUUCAGCAAGGACGGUAAAUAUCUCGCCACCGCCGGCCGCGACCGUAUCGUACGCAUUUGGGGGGUUAUUGCCACAUCUGGAGACCGAACAGCAUACGAAGAGGAAGUCAGUAGUGAUGUUGGCAGCACUGGCGAACGCCUAAGCGCCCCUGUUUUUCGAACCCACCCACUCCGCGAGCUAGCAGGUCACACUGGUGAAAUCCUGGAUCUCAGCUGGAGCAAGAACAACUUCUUGCUCUCUUCGUCAAUGGACAAGACCGUGCGAUUGUGGCACAUUAGCCGACAGGAAUGUCUAUGCACCUUCAAGCACAAAGACUUCGUCACGUCAAUCGCAUUUCACCCACGCGACGACCGAUUCUUCCUCGCGGGUUCCCUCGAUUCCAUUCUCAGGCUCUGGAGCAUCCCGGACAAGGCAGUUGCUUAUUCGAGCCAGAUCUCUGACCUGAUCACUGCCGUUGCGUUCUCUCCUGAUGGGAAAACAUGCAUCGCCGGCUGCCUUAACGGUCUAUGUACGUUCUACGAGACCGAAGGGCUAAAGUUUGGGACUCAGAUGUAUGUGCGGUCAUCGCGAGGCAAGAAUGCAAAGGGCAGUAAAAUCACGGGUAUUCAUACCAUGGCGUUUCCGCCUGACGCUCCUGAUGGGGAGGUGAAAGUCUUGGUUACGUCGAACGACUCUCGUAUUCGAAUUUACAAUCUUCGGGACAAGGCCAUGGAGAUGAAAAUCAAGGGCCACGAAAACUCGUGUAAUCAAAUACGCGCCACAUUCAGUGAUGAUGCAAAAUAUGUCAUAUGCGGGAGCGAAGACAGAAAGGCCUUCAUCUGGUCUACUGGGCCCUCGCAGGGUGAUAACAAGGAGAAGCGGCCAUGUGAGUACUUUGAAGCUCAUUCUGCGAUAGUCACGCAAGCUGUGUUUGCACCGACGGUUACGCGCCAGCUUUUACAGGCGUCGGAGGAUCCGAUCUUUACACUCUGCAACCCGCCACCAAUCACGCUGGUCAGUAAGGGUGAAACCAACGCGAGUCAGACUACGCUGCCACAAGAAACAGAGUGCGAUAUAGCCAAGGUCACCAAACCAGAAAGCACGCCGGCGUUCAAAGCCCGAUCAAAACACCUUGAUGGAAAUAUUAUCGUCACAAGUGACCAUGACGGGAUCAUUAAAGUUUUCCGUCAAGACUGUGCCUUUGUGAAACGCCGGCAUGAGACCUGGGAGACAGGUUCAACAUUCUCACGGAAGCUGGGCCGAGACGGGCUUUUAGGACGAACUGGUAGCAUCAUGACCAAGACGAGUGUCAGCAGCCGAGAUCCUCAUUCUCGCCGCGGAUCGAUCACGCAACCACCCCAAGUGAAUUCGGAGCGCAUCAUGUCGUGGCGACAGGGGAUCGAAGGGACACCUUCGUCAAGACCUAGCUCGAUCGCGAUGGCGACCCCGGCUCGCAGUGAACGAUCCGUCAGCCCUGCCAAGGCACGUACCCCUACAGCGUCCAACACUACGAACUUGGCCUCCGAAGCCAGGCGUCCGCCAUAUACCAGUUCAAUAGCAUCACCAUCCCUGCCACCCAUGAGUCCAACUCCCAGUAUCCAGUCUCAUGAGCAUGAGCGUCCUCAUGCAACCGACAAAUUCUUCCAGCCUCCCACUCCAAGCUUCACGUUCAGGAGUGUUGAUGAUGAAAGCGAUGGCGGCCUCCGACUAGACCCUGCUGGGGCUAGUUACUCGUUCUGGAACCUGAAUCGGUGGCGUGGCAUCGGGAGUAAACCUUCCGAAGAUAGUGGUCACGGGUCUGAAGGCCCUGAGAAGAGACACAAUCGAGUUGCAAGUGAAGCACCGAUAAUCUCGAUGGGCCACGACUCUGAGGAUCAAGGUCGCCGGAAGAGCUUGGGUGCACGCGUGAUGCGGUCUCAGACUGACAAGUCAGAUAAAAGCGACCUUAACAGUCGGAGGAAGAGUGUCCCCUUGAAGACGCACGAUACCAGCCGCCUGGCGCCUCCGGAUGCUCGUCCUGGAUAUGAACGUCACGAAAGCGUUGUAAGCACGUUGACCAGUGAGGGUUUGACCAGUGGCAGCACCAGCGAUGGUGGCAACGACCUGAGGUGUUCCAAAUGCGGCGGUCGUGAUUUUAAGACAAAGAAAGUGGGUACCCGACAGAGACUGAUAUGCUCCCAAUGUGGAAGGAUGGCAGAAGCGUAA